AUCAACACCCAUCUCGCCUACCACCAUCUGCAGAUUGGACAAAAGGAGUACGACUCUGAAUUAACUUUGAUCAUUCCAUCGGCCCAUCCAUGGCGACCCCGUUGCUUCUUGCGCAGUUACUACUGGCAGUGGCACUAGCAGCGGUGCAAGCGGCGCCGCGCUUGCACCCCGUCGUCCUGGUGCCGGGCUACGCCACCAACGAGCUGGACGCGCGGCUCACCAAGCUCUACCGGCCGUCGUCGCCGGGCUGCGGGGCGCGCAAGGAGGAGGGGUGGUUCCGCCUCUACCUCAACUAUUCCGCCCUCCAGGACCCCGGCAACGUGCCGUGCUUCGCGGAGCAGAUGAGCUCCGUGUACGACCCCGCCGCCGACGACUACUCCAAUGUCCCCGGCGUGGAGACGCGCGUCCCCUUCUUCGGCUCCACCCAAGCCUUCCGCUACCCCGAUCCUGACCGCAAGAAUUUCUCCUACAUGAGCACGUUUAUCGAGCGGUUGGAGAAGAUGGGGUACCGCGACGGCGAGACCAUGUUCGGCGCGCCCUACGACUUCCGGUACGCCGUCGCGCCGGUGGGGCACCCGUCCAGGGUGGGCGACGCCUUCUUCCGGGCGCUCAAGGGCCUCGUCGAGAGGGCGAGCGGGCUUAACGGCGGCAUGCCGGUGGUGAUCGCCACCUACAGCGCCGGCGGCCCGCUGGCGCACCAGUUCCUCGUCCGCCAGCCGCUGGCCUGGCGCCAGCGGUUCGUGCGGCGGUUCGUGCCCAUCGCCGCCCCGUGGGGCGGCAUCGUCCUGGGGAUGCUGACGCUCGUCUCCGGGAACAACAUGGGCCUGCCGUUCGUCGAGCCGCGCGCGCUGCUGCGGCAAGGCAGGAGCCUGCAGAGCAGCCUAUGGAUACUGCCCAGCCCGGCCGCCUUCGGCACCGCGACGCCGUUGGCUACCACGAAGAGCAGGAACUACUCGGCCGGCGACGUGGCGGACUACCUCGUCGCCAUCGGGUUUGGCGAGGCCGUCAGGCCGUACAAGUCCCGCGUGCUGCCGCUGUUUGGCGGGGAGCUGCCGCAUCCCGGGGUGCCGGUGACCUCCGUCAUCGGGGUCGGGGUGGGGACAACUGAAAGGAUAGUGUAUCCCGGGGAUGACUUCGACGCGACGCCGUCUGUGGUCGCCGGAGACGGCGACGGGGUGGUGAACCUGGCGAGCGCCAUGGCGGUGGAGACGCCGUGGAGCCGCCGUGGUGGGGAUUUUAGGAUGGUCAAGGUGCUCAACAUGUCUCAUAAUGCCCUUGUGGUGGAUGAUCGAGCGCUUGAGAUCAUCAUGCGAGAGAUUCAACGGGCUGAUUAGGUAAUCGGUUUUGCUACAACUCAGCUCAGUUGUAGUUAUGGUCUCAUUCACCUGGACAGCCGUUGGAUCAAAAGCAUUCUGACAUUCGUGUGUUGUUGUGUCCUUGUUCAAUCGUUCACCGUGCAGCGGUCUUGUUAAUGGGCCUUUUUCGCGAGCUUUUGCUCGUUGGUUCGAUGCUACCAGCUGCUUUAUCCCUGGGUCGUCAUGUUUGAUUUGACCAGCCUGAUGGUCUUUCUUUCAUUCAUGUAAAUAUUCUGACGGUUCAAUAAAAAGUUUCGGAGUUUGUAAAAAAAAACCAGCUACUGUUUUCUAUUUUUCUUCUACAGGAUGCUACUUCACAUUGUGAACGCGAUACUUUUUGUACUGUUUAAUUUGGACAUU